AUGCCCUCUGGCAUUGUCUGUUGGUUGUCUGAGGGUGGUGCGGUGUCAGGCCGGAUAUGGUGGGGUGGUGGUGUGAUUCCCGUCCCGGUGGCGCGGGUCAGUGUCUCCAAAGGCUUCGGAGCUGUCGAGUCUUGUCUGGAGAAGGCCGAACCCCUGUCGUCCCUCCUUUUACUGGAAGGAUUCCUCUCGGACGAGAGAUCUCGCCCUACCCAUGAUUCCUUUUGCGCUAUGCCCUUCUCCGCCCGGCGUGGCUCUGCCCAGUCGCACGAUUCCGGCCGGGUUUCCUUCGUAAGCCUGCGCUUCUAUUCGCUGACCCCGGCGGCGCAGCACAGCCGAGUUGGCAGAGCGGACGGUCCAGUCCCCUUGGGAUAUAGCGCGUUGGACCAUUUCAGAGGGCGCAGCUGGACUGAUGGAACCAUGGACCUCGCCGACAAAUGGGUUGACGCGGGAAAGGCACAACGUCAUACAAAGGUCUCGGGCCUGCUGAGUCUCACGCGGUCUCUCAUUUGGUUGGAGAUUUUCGUCUUCAUUGGUAAGCCUUGA